AUGUCUACACAUCAGGAUCGCCAGGCGGAUCUGGCUGCCAAACGUGCGAAACUUGCACAGUUGAAAGCUCGCAAUCGAGAGCUUGCCAACAACAGACACAGCAUCAAUGGCCAGAUAGCAGCGCAGUCGCCGUCACGCAGCAGUAGAGGCAUUGAAGACGUCGAAGAGCUGAUAGCAUCGCUCGACUUGCCAUCAUCGCGGAAUACCGACUCGCCACAGCCGCCGGCCAAUACGAGCACUCCUCCACGACAACAGCAACAGCAACAGCAACAGCAACAGCAAGGUGCAGGCGGUUUAACCCAGCAUUUGAGUCUCACGGGCCUCACGACAGUCUACGAGAUUCCCGUCGAAGCGAAGCCCGAAGUGAUUAGCUAUAGCAAGGGCGUGCAGACAACGGACCAGGCUGCGGGUGAUUCGGAUGAGGGUGAAGGUGCCGCUGGGCGUAGUCCCUCACGGCGGAGGCGCAGGCUAAGCCAGCGCGAGCAGCAGCUAGAAGAUGAGGAGGAGAUUCGGCAACGCUUGCGUCAGGAAAUUGAGGAAGAACUACGACAAUUACAGCUACAUGAAAUCGCCGACCCCAACCCAGACACUCUGCGCUUCCCGGCCCGCGCCCUGGCACCAGAAGAGCUCAAUGCAGUCACCAACAGUAAUGAUUUUCUGGAUUUUGUGGAGCGCAGCAGCAAGGUCAUUGAGCGUGCUCUGGACGAGGAGUACGAUGUGCUGGCCGAUUAUGCCCUGCACUCGCGGGAAGCUGAGGACGAGGAUGAAUACGUGGGCCGACGAGGCCGGCGCGUGAAAGAAGUGGCCCAGUUUGAUCUGCACGACUCCAUGGGCAAGAAACGAAUGAUCAGUGACAUCGAUUUCAGCCCCAAAUUUCCCGAGCUGUUGUGUACCUCCUAUACCAAGUCCCAGUCCUCACCGCACACGCCGCCUGGUCUGCUGAAUGUUUGGAAUAUGCAUCUCAAGGGACGGCCCGAGUACUCUUUACACGCCACUUCCGACCUGCUUUCUUGUCUCUUUCAUCCACAUCAUCCCUCGCUCAUACUUGGCGGAACUUACAGCGGUCAGCUCUGUCUGUGGGACACACGCGCUCGAAAUCAACGCACAGGCGAGCCCGUCCAGARGACUCCGCUCACAGGCGGGCGCACUGGUCACGCACAUCCAAUCUACAGUCUAUCUGUAGUUGGCACCCAGAACGCCAGUUCGGUGGUAUCUGUGAGCACAGACGGCGUAGUUUGCGCAUGGAGCACCGACAUCCUCACUCAACCUCAAGAGUACCUCGAGCUACACGCUCCGAAUCCAUCCGCCUACAAAACAGACGACGUUGCUCCCACAUGCAUAUCCUUCCCUGCCAGUGAUCCCACCUACUUUCUUACCGGCACCGAGCAAGGCGGCAUCUUUCCGGUUCAUCGCUACGAUCGCGCUGGUGCAAAGUCAGGCGUCGACGUUCGUACCAGCUACCGCGGACACGAUGCACCUGUCACGGGGAUAGAUUUCCAUCCGGCUCGUGGCAAGGUUGACCUGGGAGACCUCUUCGUAAGCUGCGGUCUCGACUGGACCGUCAAGGUCUGGCGAGCACGCCCUCCGAGCUCCACAGCAAGCACGAUAUCUGGCCAUGCCGAAGUCGUCAAGCCUUUACUAGAAAUUCAACGAGAAGACAGUGUGUACGACGUUAAAUGGAGUCCCACGAAACCUGGUAUUUUCGGGUGCGUGGAUGGCGGUGGACGGUUCGRCAUCUAUGAUAUCAAUGCUUCUUCCGAAGUGCCCGUGGGAGGUGCGCGACCAAGCCAUGUCGAGAAAGACAUCUACUCCUUGAAAAGUCUCAAUAAACUGGCCUGGGAGAAGAACCAAGGACGGCAUGUCGCUGUGGGUGGUUUGGAUGGGGUUACAACGGUCUUCGAGGUUGGCAGUGAGUUGGGCGGAGUGGACACCAAGAAUGAGGCUUGGGUUGGGGCCAAAGUCAAGAAGUGGGUUGGAAAGCAGAGCUUCCAAGGUUGA